AUGUCUCCAAAGGCGUGGGAGGAGCCGGUCGACGGUCACACCCUGGUUCCUGCUGAGCAGGUACUGAUCAAGAGACCCCAGAGAGACCCCCUUCAUGCUAAGAGGGAGGGCCCCUAUCUGACGGUGAAUCGGGACAGUAUAGAGAGAACUGCCCAGGAGAUGGACACACUGGUCGGGGGGGGCGGGAUCAAUGUGAUGGCUGACUUGGACACAGUGACUGCUGAGCCAAUGAUUGAAAAUUUCUGCACCAACACCUGGGCCGCAGUGCCUGUCGUGUUAAAGCGGGCAACAGCAUGGAUCAGGGGGAUGGGUGUUCACAGGGCUGUGGCCGUCAACAUGACCUCCCUCCUGGGUUCCAUUGAGCUGUACUGGGGCGAGCAGAGCAGCACUCUCAAAUGGUUCCCCUGCAGGGCCUCCAAGGUGAGCCUGGACAUGGUGACCCGGUGCUUGGCGGUGGAUCUUCAACCAGACGGGAUCCUGUGUGUGGCACUGCACCUGGGCACAGAUAUGGGGGGGGGCAGUAUGCUGCACUGCCAGGCUCCCUUGUGUCCCGAGGAAAGCAUCACAUUCAUCCUGGACGUGACUGGUGGCCUGACCAAGAAGGAUCAUGGGAGAUUUCUACAUUACACUGGAGAACCUCUUCCCUGGUGA